GCCCUCUACAGAGACGUCAUGCAGGAGAACUAUGAAAACGUGACCUCGCUGGGGUGUCCAGUUUCCAAACCUGAUGUGAUCUCCCAGCUGGAACGAGGGGAGGAGCCGUGGGUCCCGGAUCUCCAGGGCUGUGAGGAAGGAGAGAUCCCGAGAGGUGCCUGUGCAGCAGGUGCUGGGAUGGUGAGUGAGGAGAAGAAGCAGAAUCCUCAGCAGGAAGAUUCUGAGCAAGUGGCACCACAUGGGGGAUUAUCGCACGGCUCCAGAGGGAAUGUGUCCAGGCGUCGUGUGCAGGGGAAAGCCUGUGAGAGUCAGCACAGACUAGAGAGGGAGCAGAGAAACCAGCCAGCAGAAAAAGUGGGUAACUCCAUUAAUUGUCAGGGAACUCACCAGGACCUCCUGGAAACCACAGCCCAGCCAAGAAUACCUACAGGAGAGAGAAAAAACACAUGCGCUGAGUGUGGAAAGCAUUUCAGUAGCCACUCAGGCCUUUUAAAACAUAAGAGAAUCCACACUGGAGAGAGGCCCUAUGGAUGCAAUGUGUGUGGGAAAACCUUCAGUCAGAGCAUUCACCUUAUUCGACAUCACAGGAUCCACACAGGAGAGAAACCCCAUGAAUGCAGUGAGUGCGGGAAAACCUUCACUCUGAGCUCCACCCUUAUUAACCAUCAGAGGAUCCACACAGGAGAACGACCGUAUACAUGUAGUGAGUGUGGGAAAAAGUUCACUCAGAGCUCAGGUCUUGUUAAACAUCAGAGGAUCCACACAGGAGAGAAACCUUAUGAAUGCUGUGAGUGUGGGAAAAGCUUUACCGACAGGUCAGACCUUAUUAAUCAUCAGAGGAUCCACACAGGAGAGCGACCCUAUAAAUGUAGUGAGUGUGGGAAAAAGUUCACUCGGAGCUCAGGUCUUCUUAUACAUCAGAAGAUCCACACAGGAGAGAAACCCUACAAAUGCUGUGAGUGCGGGAAAAGCUUCAUUCAGAGCUCAGCCCUUAAUAAACAUCAGAGGAUCCACACAGGGGAGAGAACCUACGAGUGCUGUGAGUGUGGGAAAAGCUUCAGUCAGAGCUUUCACCUUAUUCGACAUCACAGAUUGCACACAGGAGAGAAACCCUACAAAUGCAGUGAGUGCGGGAAAAGCUUCACUCAGAGUUCAGCCCUUAAUAAACAUCAGAGGAUCCACACAGGGGAGAGACCCUACGAAUGUUGUGAGUGUGGGGAAAGCUUCUCUGUAAAGUCAGACCUUAUUGAACAUCAGAAUAUCCACGUGGGAAAGAUACCUCAUCAGUGCUCUGAGUGUGGAAAAACUUUCACACAGAGUUCAUCCCUUAAUGCACAUCAGAGGAUCCACACGGGAGAGCGCCCCUAUGAGUGCUGUGAGUGUGGGAAACUGUUCAGACAGAAAUCAACCCUAAUUACGCAUCAGGCAAGGCAUACAGGAGAGAGACCCUAUCAGUGCUGUGAUUGCGGGAAAGCCUUCAGUGUGAGCUCAGACCUCAUUGUACAUCAGAGAAUUCACACGGGAGAGAGACCUUAUAGAUGCUCUGAGUGCGGGAAAAGUUUCACCCGGAGCUCACCCCUUAAAAGACAUCAGAGUGUUCACAGGAGAGAGAGACAGCAUAGAAACUCUGUGUAGGGCGGAGAAAAAAAAUUAAAAAAACAAAAUACAUUUGCUAAUUCCCACAUAGUGACCUUUUGGUUUGUUUGCACCAUUUGUGUCACUCUGUUCUCUCAGCUGCCUCGUGUGUCGCACACUCGUGCCUUUUACAGGUCGCCCUUCUCUAGGUGGAUCCCGUGGUCCUUUCUCCCAACUCCUUUCUCCUGUGAGUCAUUGGAGUGUGUGUCCUUCCAGCAAGGAGUUUCCAUCAGCCCCAGGUGGGGGAAAUUGGAGUGACCACAAGUAGCCUCACUGAGUGAAAAUUGACUAGGUUUUUGUCUUCUACUCUAGGAUUUCCCUUGGAGUCGGCGUGCUCGAGGAAGCUAUCCUGCUGUAAACACACCGCUCUGUUUGCAGUGCUGACAUCGCCCAGGCACAGGGGUUGGGGUUAGCUGGCAUCUUCCCCUUUGGCCUGUCCUAAUGGACACCCAUUUUCCUGGUCUGGACAAUCCCUGAGCAUCACAUUUAUACUGUCACCCCAGUAGCAGAGCGAUUGUUAGUCACCAAGUUCCCUCUUUGCUGACAAAAUGUCUCCUUCCCAGUUGUGCUCACGCUGGUACAGGUUGUGCUGGGCAGCAGAUAUUUUUACUUUUAUCAGUUUCCUUAUUGACAAUACAUUUCAAUAUAGCAAAGAGGAGAAGCGGGAGUAGGACAAAUGUUUCAUUUCAGCCUCUGCGAUGGCGGAAGGAAAUGGGGUGAGUCGGAGGGAUUCCCUCCUUCCCCAUCACCAUCAGUAUGCCCUCUCACUCCAGCAGUGCUGGCGUCUGUGUGAGGCACAGUGGAGUUUCUCCACCUCUAUUCUACCCCCUCAGCUCCCAGAAAGUCUCUGCAAUUAGUAUCAAUUUGAUCCUAAAUCUGACUCAUUAGAGCUGGCAAUGGAAGUGUCCCAGACCUGGUGGGGAAUUCCAGUGGAUCCCAAACACUGUGACAUCAUUCUGAGUUUCAAUCCCAGUUGCUAUCUAUUGAUGAAGCCACUUCUGGACUUUUUCCUGCUGAUUUGGGAUUCUUUGCAGAUGAGAAGGUUGGAAUUUUUCCCUAUUACAAUGAUGCUUCCCCCCGCCCUUCCCAAUAACAACUCCAUGAUAACAAAGUGCUGUUGCUGAAGCAGGUUUGAAUGGAUCAGAGGAGAAAGCAAUGGGGGAAUCUGCUUUCCUGAUUUCUGAGUCAUCAGAUGUAACCUGAUCUGGAAUUUCAUUUUUCAUGAAAGAGAAAGUGACUUACACCGCUCUGUGUUUCUCUCUGUCUCCUGAAGACCAUUUGGUCACAUAAUCAAAUAUCAGUUGUGUUCUCCGGGAUGUAGCUCGGAUUUAUCAAGGACUUUGGGAGAAAUGACUGCUGGCUAAAAGAGUCCUUCCUUAAUUUAUUGUUGUCUUUCCCCCCACCGCUGCAUGAUGACAUUGCAGAAGAUCUAGUGCAGUUCACGCACCAGGAGAGGCUGCUCCAAGCUAUUGGGUCUGCUGCAAGGAAACAGGAGCGCGCUUAGGCCUCCAUCCACUCUGAAAUGGUGGUAACAGCAAACCCCCGAUUGCAACUAACUGAAGUAACUGGGUGCAUGUGGGCCAUUUGGGAAACACUUUCCCUGUCUGAGUUGAUGUGGAGAAAACAAGUACAUUUGUGAACUUGCCCGUGAUAGAUGCUCAAAUGUGGACUGAAAUGAACUCCGUGUUGAAAGUGAGAUAACUGCAGAAUAUCUAUUUUUAAUAAGUUUCCCCUCCUUUGGUGCUUACAGGGAUUCUGAGGCAGAAGUGUUUCUAGUCCCUAACUUACACCCUGUGCCACCAGAUUAAAGAAACAAAUUGGGCAUGUUUGGAGCAGCCAUUCCUCACUAACUCAGCUCAGAUGUUGGGUGGUUUGGUAAAGGACUGUCUUCUGGAGGAAUGGAAACAUACUGUGACCAAGGCCAAGGAUUUGGAAGAACUCAGGCUGAUAUAGCAGACACCCACUAGUUGAUUGUUGCCCCAGAGAAGGAAGCUGUGGUGAACUACGGUCCAGGUAAAAUUGUUUGUUUCUAACACCACUCCCUAGUUCAGUGUCACUGAUUACAGUCCCAGGGCUUGGCUACACUGGAGAGUUGCAGCGUUGGUGGUGGCUUUACAGCGCUGCAACUCACUCACCGUCCACACUUGCAAGGCACAUACAGCGCUGUAUCUCCCUGGCUACAGCGCUGCAUGUACUCCACCCCAGUGGAUGCCAGGGCUACACUGGAAGGUCCUUCACUAUUUGGAUCCAGAGUUCCAUGAUGCAAAGUGAAAAAUAGUUGAUGCCUUUAGAAGGGACUUUCCUUCCCCAGCCUGAUUGAGCACCAAGGACUUCCAUUCUGUUAGAAUGACAGUAACGGAGAAGGGAAUCAAUGUGUCAGGCUCCAGUUUCAGAAAGCUGGAAGUACAAAUGUUGAGUCCUGAUUCUGUGCUUGCUCUUGUCACUUCGUUUUGCUCUUGUGUCUGGUGUAGUUGUAUCACUCCGCCUCCACUUCCUGCUACUAUGAACGAUUGGCAGGAGUGAAUAUAGAGCCAAGGUCCUUUUUCUUAUGAUGCAAAGCGUGAGCCCCCUUCCAUCAACACUUCUUUCAGAAGAACCAGAGAUCAAUGAACUCACAGAUGUGGAAAGCUCCUAGGCUGGUGUAGCCAACAGUUACGCAGUACUCUCUUGCUGGAAAUGGGGCUUAAAAUGAAACAAACAGGUAUGAUAAGAUUUUAUAAUCUUUGACAAUGUUCUCGUUCCCAGCGAAAAUGAAGUUAAACAUGAAGUUCAUUAUUGCUUAAAGCCUAGCUUAGUGAUUUCCUGAAUUAUAUUGGAAGCCCGCGACUUCCAUUGGUUCACCUUUUUUUGUUAGUACUAUACGAACUGAUGGCCAUUCCUGUCAAGUUUAUUUGAUGUCACAUAUCCCCUUUGGACUGGGGAGUUCUGACAUAAAACAUCACUCCAAGGCUGAGGUGGCGGAAUGUCUAGGAGAAAUAGCGUAUAGGAGAAUACGGACCCAGUCUAGAAGACAGUUAUUUCUAUUUCAAAUGGAUUUUUUUCUGACAAGCUCUAAAGUAAAAUUAAUAAGGCGACAAGUUGUGUAACCUUUUACCCAGUUAGACAGCAUGGGUCACUGAGUUCCUCUCGUCUCUGCAAAGUGAAGAUGUAUGAUGUCUGUCAGGAGAUGUCCGCGAUUCCUUUUAUGAAUGGCAAUGAAUGCAUGAGGCAAUAGAUAGUUUGUUCGGGUUUUUUGUUUAUUUUGGCUACCCAUUAUAUUUAUGACAGCUGAGACCCCUUUUCCUUUUUUAAGGAAGCCCACUGUCACAGUGCAGCCUUUUAACCCCCAGGCAAGGCUAAUGUAACUUCUUAACAGUCCUUGGAUUUCGUUCAUUUUGGAGAUCUUUGGGGUUCAAACCUCCACAAUGCUUGUGGUUCUCGACAGCCGAUAUUUUAAGAAUACUGGUGGCUUUAAUGGGACUUUUCCAAACUGCUGAUAACCCAAAGUUUGCCUCGCUUGAAAUGGAUCGGGCAACAGUGUCUGUAAACAAAACGUCCUUCGCUCCUUAUAUGCCCGGAGACUUCAGGGGAAUGACUGUAAUGUGGGGUGAGCUGGAAUCCUCAACCAUAAAGACCAAGGUAAAGGCCAGAAGCCCUUUUGCACCAGCAACCUGUCAAAUAAAGAUGGACAUUCCAGGACACUGACUGAUCCCCUCUAGGGAAGGAAGACAUAAUAUCAGCAACAGGCUGUGCCAGCCUUGACCUCUCUCCCCGUACCUGAGAAAGCUUAUGAAUGUGGAGUACUGAGCCUGUGACCCCGUCACCUAGACUGCAGCUUUAGCUCCUACUCCAUGGGAGUCCAAAAAGCUGCAGAGUUUCCAUCACAUGUCAAUUUCAAUGUCUUAUUGUUUGAUUUUUACAAACUGGGUGUCAUCCCAGUCUUUCUAUUGUACUGCAGUGGGGCUCUGCACGUACCUGUGUGUAUGAAACCUGUCACAUCCAUGCAGGGAAGGAGAUAGAAAAAAAUUCCCAAAUCUAAAUAACUCUAAAAUAUUGCCCAUCAAAACAAUUGAAUAUGUGCUCCUCAUUUUGUGAAAGUGUUCAAACAACCUCAGCUGUCAGGUAUCAAAAUUCUGUGUAGUAAGGUCUGUCUCUAUUAAUUCUGUGUAGUAAGGUCUGUCUCUAUUAAGUUUUUUGUCUUUGGAAGCCACCAGGAGAAGGUUAGCCACAUACUGAUGAAAUCGAAGAGGGAAGCUCUGAGGUUGUGGCUUAAAUGUGAACAAUCAAUUGGUGUUAGUAUUGAAAUAUUCGAGCGGCUCAGUGCAGAUCACACUGCCUGAGUGAAAUUCAGUAGCUGAGAUGAAUAACUAAAUGCACAGCUGCCUCCUUGGUUCCUGUUUCAGGAUUUCGAAGGGCUGAUUUUCUGCUGUAUUAUUCUAAUGAUUUGGUUGAAUGGAUGACUUGGUUCCAAAGCAGGAUCCUUGUUGACUGACUCAUUUCCUGAUCUGACCUGUACUGUGUACCUGAGCGCGAGCUGAUGGUGCUGGUAGUAGUUUAGGUUCUUCAUUUUGUGUGUUUUAUAUAGUUCAUUAAAAUGAACAAAGAUGGUGAGUUGUUUUCCAGUAAGCUCUCUUGGUCAGAACCGUUGAGAAUCGGGGUGGAGAUCAGCCGGUCCAACUUGGAGCCUCAUUAGCUUCCUCUCUAUUAACCCUUAGGUUCUCAUAUGGGAGAAGCUGGGCAAGGGGUACCCAUCUAUGGUCUGGCUGCGUCCUGGGGGACUCGGAGCAUUGCAAGGGGAAAUGAGCUCCCCUACACAGGCUUUCAGGAGUGGGGAAUGGGUGGAAAGAAGGUGGGCCAGGGGCAGUUUGUCUACCUGAUGAGGGGAUGGUUGAAGGGGGGUAUCUCUCAGUAGGAUUGGGGGUGAUGGUGGAGUUCUCUGCUAUCACUGUCAGGGCUGGGUCCUGCUGGCACCCCCAUCCGACUUGCCCUGGGGUUGUGUCUGGUCAGGCCCAGCUGAGUUUGGGGGUCUGGUUUGAAAGGUUAUAAACAAAGGUGAAAGGGACCAAACAAUCCAGAAAUGUGCUGGAGGGGGGCGGUUCUGGUUUGCUUGGCCCUAUCCUCAGCAUCUGGGCCUGGGCGGGGAGCGGAGGGGGCGGGCUGCAACUGCCCCCUCCCCAGACAGGUUCUCUCAGGCAGCUGCUGCAUGACUCCGAAUGGCCACCCUCAACCAGCGUGAGAACCGGAAGCAGGGUCCCUCUGCUCAGCCCAUGGUAGGAGCACUGCCCACGCCCCUCCCCCCGCUGAGGUGCCUGUGAGGGGCCGGAGCUCCAAGCAGACACUGCGGUGCUCGGAGUCUCCCUGGGCUGAGCCCGGCCCAGAGGCAUGUGAUCCCCGCUCCUGUGGCCUCAGCCCCCCAGGAACCAGCAGUGAUGGUCCCUCUAACUUUUCCCAUCCAUGUGCGGAAUGUAUUUUAUUAUGUGCACCAAUAUGAUGUGUGGCGGGGCUGGGGCUGAGCGAUUUGGAGUGUGGGAAGGGGCUCAGGGCUGGGGCAGCGCGUCGGAGUGCAGGGAUGAGGGUCUCAGCUAUGGGGGUGGGGUGGGGCUGGGGAUGAGAGAUUUGGGGUGCAGGUUUCCUUUGGGCUGCAGCAGGGAGAGGACUUCCCCCAGCCCUCACCCCCCCACACACCCACCCUCGCAGCAGCACCUGGGAUGGGGGAGAGGUGCCUCUUCCUGCCACAGCAGCUCUGGGACUGGGGAGAGAGGCAUGUCUCCUCACCGCACCGCUGUGCCGGGGGUGGGAGAUUCGCCGCAGCCCUGCAUGCCCAAGCUCCCCCAUCACCACUCCCCACCUCACCCAUCCCCCUAUUCCCCACCUCACCCCACUGCCAUCUUCCAGGCCCUCCUGUGGCCACACCCCUGAGUGCAGGGUGCACGCCAGCACAGCUCUCCCAAUUAAGUGCGUGGCCCUUGAUGGUCUCCUACAUGGCCGUGGAGGUGCGCACCUUAGAGGGAACGUAGGCUCGUGCAAUUGCCUCCUGGGGCUGGAAGUUUCCACCCGGAGGCGACACGGGGCGGUCACAUCCCCACCCCCACAUUGUACCCUCCUGUAUCAGCAGGUAUGACUCAUAUCUGCUGGGAGGGUUAGCUUGUCCCCUGCUGUAACCUUACCGGGGGGGGGGGGGGCUGACUCCAUGGCAGAUGACCCCUCUCCCUUCCCUACCCAUGGAGGGAGGGAAAACCCUUUACCCCCUUCUCCAGCUUCCUUCCUUCUUCAGCUGCAAGAGGUUUCUAGGUUGUGUUAAAUACACAGGGUGGCAGUUCCAGCCAGCUGGUGGUUGGAGCUGGCCGUGCUGAAGUGCUGGCUGCAGGGUCCUGCUGUAAGAAUCUCACUGUCAUCACUCACCUGGAUUCCCCCUCUGUGGCCCACCAGCGACACCCACUCUUAGACUUCCAGCCUUCACCUGCCCUCCCUGUAAUGGAGUGAUUGAAGGCCAAGGAACUUCACUGAGAGAUUGGUUAUCUGGUCAUAGGAAAUCCCAUAAGUGCACAUGGGAAACACUUUUCCCAGUGAGCUCUUAAGGAAUGAAGGCACAUGACCACAAAGAAUUUCAGUAGAUGUUAGGAGCCUAAAUGUUUGGUAGUUUAACACUAGCCAUCACCUACAGCCCCCAACUAAAACCUCUCCAGCGCAUCAUCAAAGAUUUACAACCUAUCCUUAAAGAUGAUCCCUCAC